UAUUUCUAUUUCAUAGAUUGCAAAAUGACAUUAUUUUUCAUUUACGUUCAUGUUGGCGUUGAUUUAUCUUUGCAGCCGAAAGCAAAUCAACUGGUGUUGUGUUGAUUUAGUCUUUUUAAGUCUCAGUGGGCUGUGUCCUAAUCAGCACCCUCGCGCACUACCUAGUGAGUGAAUAGUGAGAGCUGCGGAUUGGGACACAGCCGGUCUAACGGUGUUGUUUUAGUCUCUGCAUUAAAGGCCGUGGAUUAUUAUUAUUAUUAUUUUAAUAUUAAAGCAUGUAGAAAUGGAUAAAAACAACCCCGAAACAAUUUGUAAUCAUGGAAAAAUAAAAUAAAUUUUAUCUUUAGCUAUUUAGCAACCUGUGCUAACUAAGGACUAGCGAGCUAGCUAAACCAAGUCCGCUAGCCUGAAGCUAGCUAGUAAACAUCUGCGUUUUCUUAACGCAUUGCAAGGUUGGCUUUAAAAACAAAUAUUGCAUCAGAGAAGAAAUGCAGAGGUUCAAAAUGCAUUUUGUUUGGGGGAAGAAAUAUCACUGAUUUAAAUAUUGGAAAUUUAAUUCAUUAAUCAAUCAUUUUUAAGGCUGCGCGUGAGAUUUAGGUGCACGCGCGCUUUGUUUGUCUUGAGUUAAUGUUUUGGAUUUUUGUCCAUGUUUAAUGUGGAUUUUUAGGUUUUUUAAUAGAUUAAAAUCAUAUUAAUCAUCAUGAAGCGACACUAUAAUUGUACUCUUUUGCUCUUAUUUAAUCUAUUCGACUAGCCAUUCUACAUUCCCUUCAGAAUGUUAAGGAAAGAAACGGUGAAAUGUGAGAAAUCAUGAAGGAAACUCUUGCUCAAAUGGUGCCGAUCAGGGACUGGCCGACCGGGAACGGCGCCGAUCAGGGACUGGCCGACCGGGAACGGCGCCGAUCAGGGACUGGCCGACCGGGAACGGCGCCGAUCAGGGACUGGCCGACCGGGAACGGCGCCGAUCAGGGACUGGCCGACCGGGAACGGCGCCGAUCAGGGACUGGCCGACCGGGAACGGCGCCGAUCAGGGACUGGCCGACCGGGAACGGCGCCGAUCAGGGACUGGCCGACCGGGAACGGCGCCGAUCAGGGACUGGCCGACCGGGAACGGCGCCGAUCAGGGACUGGCCGACCGGGAACGGCGCCGAUCAGGGACUGGCCGACCGGGAACGGCGCCGAUCAGGGGCUGGCCGACCGGGAACGGCGCCGAUCAGGGGCUGGCCGACCGGGAACGGCGCCGAUCAGGGGCUGGUCAUUGUUGGAGCAGUGCAGCAGACAGUGAAACCGUCUGUGUAACACAAUUGAACAGUAUUUAAUGAAGGUCAUGUUUUUGUCGCGUCUCAUUGAGGGAUUUGAUGAUUUUCCAGCUCCAGUAUUUUGAAAUGCCAGAGGAAAACCAUGACUGAUCUAGUUCCUCUGUAUUAUUAUUAUUAUUAUUAUUAUUAUUAUUAUUAUUAUUAUUAUUAUUAUAUAGUAUUAUAUACCUGAGGUGUUUCAGACUCGGACGCUGCGUCUCACAUGUAUCUUAGUUCCGCAGACGAUGUUUGGUUUUGUUAGAUGUUCAGAGAACCAAUUUUUGUGUGUGUUUUAGAAUUGUGCGACUCUGAGCGAGCUGAUACCAAACUACAGCCUUGGAAAAGUGUUUGUUUUCCUUCCGGUCUUUGCUGUAGCGACCGGAGCGAGUAUACACAUGUGGAUUUGGGGAAAAUCUGUUGUUGGUCUUUAUUAAUGACAAUAUAAAUGCUAGAAAAGUUUAAACACACACUUCAUGGAUAAUUGCUGUAGAUUCAGGCUGGAUGAGAUGACAAAAAUAUCACAUUAAAAUAAUUUAGGUAACAGAUUGACGGCCAAACCAAAAUGCUGCAUUAAAACUGAACCUUUAUCGUGUGUUUAAGAGAAUUUUCCAAAAGGUUUUUUGCCUGAAAUAAAAGAACAUAGCGAAUUUUUUAGACCAUUUUUGUGUGUAACACUUACAUUAUCAUUUAAUUCAUUAAUUAAAUAAAUAAAAAUCUAGUGGUAAAAAAAAAAAGACAAUUUGCCAGAAUUUUUAGGUGUCACAAUCUUGGGCAUGGUGUCAAUUUUUAAAAAUAAAUAAAAGUAAAUAAAUAAAAUAAUAAUAAAAAAAAACCUAAACUUUUUGCUCAGGAGUUUAUUUGUAAAUAUUUCUUUUAUUUAAAUGCACGGGUAAUAAAAAAUAAACGCAUCAGAAUACCAACAAUAUAUGAGAAGAUUGUAUCAUGACAUCAUUUAUCACAAUAUUUCUAUCAUAUCGUAUCGCUCGGGUCAACUGUACAUAUCUUUUCCCUAGAUGAGAAAGAAACAAAAAAAGGGCAACUUUUCCAGUGUUCACACUGUAACCAGUCCCUCAGCGGGACCAGGCAUCCUCACAUCUUCCUCACGUCCUCCUCACGUCACUUAAUAAGCGUCAUGUGUCACUGCAAGUGUUUGUAUUGUUUCUGAAGGACUGCACUGUUAUAUAAAGCCACGUUAUUAAAGAGUGUCACUAAAUGACUGUCAUAUGGCAGGUGUGGUGGCGCUACAGUCCUC